AUGGCUCUGCUGCUCGCCUGGGCGUGUGUGGCUGUGAGCGUGGGGACGGCGCUGGGGGACCAGGGCGACGGGGCGGACCUGUACUCGGAAAACAUCACUCGCAUCCUCGACAAGUUGUUGGACGGCUACGACAACAGGCUCCGACCGGGAUUUGGAGGCGCCGUGACAGAAGUCAAGACGGACAUCUACGUGACCAGCUUCGGGCCGGUGUCCGACGUGGAGAUGGAAUACACAAUGGAUGUCUUCUUUCGUCAGACAUGGACUGAUGAGAGGCUGAAGUUUAGUGGGCCAACUGAAAUUUUGAGACUGAACAAUUUAAUGGUCAGUAAAAUUUGGACACCAGACACGUUUUUUAGAAAUGGAAAAAAAUCAAUUGCUCACAAUAUGACAACUCCCAACAAACUUUUCAGAAUUAUGCAGAAUGGAACUAUUCUUUACACUAUGAGACUAACCAUUAAUGCUGACUGUCCUAUGAGGUUGGUGAAUUUCCCAAUGGAUGGACAUGCUUGUCCACUGAAAUUUGGAAGCUAUGCUUAUCCAAAAAGUGAAAUAAUUUAUACUUGGAAAAAAGGACCAUUGCAUUCAGUAGAAGUACCACAGGAGUCUUCCAGUCUUCUCCAGUAUGACCUCAUAGGACAAACUGUAUCUAGUGAAACAAUUAAAUCUAACACAGGUGAAUAUGUAAUCAUGACAGUUUAUUUCCACUUGCAAAGGAAGAUGGGCUACUUCAUGAUACAGAUUUACACUCCUUGCAUUAUGACAGUCAUUCUUUCUCAGGUGUCUUUCUGGAUUAACAAGGAGUCUGUUCCAGCCAGGACAGUUUUUGGGGAAUAUUCACUCCAGCUGCUCUAUUUCCAUCUGCAAAGGAAAAUAGGCUACUAUCUCAUUCAGACAUACAUUCCAUGCAUCAUGACUGUCGUCUUGUCUCAAGUUGUGUUUUGGAUUAACAAAGAAUCUGUUCCAGCAAGAACUGUGGCUGGAAUCACCACAGUCCUCACCAUGACCACCCUGAGCAUCAGCGCUCGCCACUCUCUGCCCAAGGUGUCCUACGCCACCGCCAUGGACUGGUUCAUCGCCGUGUGCUUUGCCUUUGUCUUCUCUGCACUCAUUGAGUUUGCAGCUGUCAACUACUUCACCAAUCUCCAGGCUCAGAGAGCAAUGAGGAAGGCAGCCAGGGCAGCAGCACUGGCAGCAGCACUAUCAGCAGCAACUGUACCGGCAGAGGACGAGAUUGUCUCGCAUUCUGACUCCAACUCUAACCUGAAGAAGAGAGUGAACUCCAUAGCAUCUCAGGCAGAGCAGUCUCCUGAACCCAGCAUAAUAUCAAAUACAGCAUCCCAGUGUCAACCUCUGCCUGUUCCUCCACCAGCCCCACCACAGCCACCAGCUAUUGGAGGUGCAAGUAAAAUAGACCAGUAUUCCAGGAUCCUCUUUCCAGUGGCAUUUGCAGGAUUCAACCUGGUGUACUGGGUUGUUUAUCUUUCAAAAGACACUAUGGAAUUUUUUGAACCUUCAGCAAUGCAUUUUCGAAAUGACCCUCAGUCCAACUGA